AUGUCCGAUAUUCCAUCGGAACUAGUAGAAGAAAUACUCUCUAGGGCUCCACCCAUAUCUUGGAAUCGAUUACGGUUUACUUGCAAACUAUGGAACUCUUUAUCAAAACCAAUAUUCACCGAGAAGCACUUUCAUAAAGCUCCAAAGCAUCCUCUUGUUCUCAUGUUGAAGGAUUAUAGGAUUUGUUCAAUGCGCAUCGAUUUCGACGCUGCUCCUCCAUCUAUAGAGUUUAAGGGUUCGCUUGGCCUAACGGAUUCCCAUUCUAAUGCAGAGCAAGACCGUGUUUAUGAAGUUAUUCACUGCGACGGUUUGUUGUUAUGCAUCACCAAGAACAAAAUCGUGGUUUGGAAUCCAUGGUUGGGGCAAACCAGGUGGAUCAAAUCGAGAGGUGGUUACAAGGGCUGCUUUGGUAUAGGAUACGAAAACAACAAAUCUUGCCGUAGCUACAAAAUCUUAAGGUUUGGGCCUUCUCGGGGUAACCACAACCUUCUCGGGUUUAAUAUCUGUGAGUUAAGAUCAAAUUCAUGGAGGGUUCUUGAUGACGUCUCUCUCGACAGCAACACACAACCACGGCAAGAGGGUAUUGUGUCUUUGAAAGGAAAUAGUUACUGGCUUGGUGAAGAAACAGGGUACAUAGUCUUACUUUGUUUUGAUUAUACGACAGAGAGGUUAAAGCGUCCGCAUCUUCCACUAUUUCCAAAGAGUGAUCAUGCGGCUUUAUCAGCUGUUAGAGAUGAAAAACUAUCAGUGUUACAUUGGGACUUUAGUAUAUUGCCGACACAAAUGACAGUGUGGGUGACUGAUAGAAUUGACGCCGAAGCCGCAUUGUCGUGGAGCAAAGCCUUUAAAGUGGAUUUAGAUCACACUCUCCGUAAUUCUUUUCCGAUUAUCAAGAAAUUUUUAUACGACGAGGAGAAGAAAAUGGCCUUGUGUUGUGAUUUAAGUUAUGCGACCAACAAGAAAAAGCUAUACGUUGUUCGAGAGGACGAUGAACAUUACUCAGAAAUCCCUUACGUAGAAUAUACUAGCGAAACAUUGUGGCCAUAUAUUUUGCAUUAUGUUCUAAGUUUGGUUAAUCUUUGCCGCCAUAUAUUUUGA